GACUCCUUGACCCCACAAAAGGACAUAAGAGGUGCAUUGCAUUCCUAGUAUACGAUUGGAGAAAUUAGCAAGGAAGGUAGAGAAAAUUGAGAAUGAGUAGCAAGAAGAUAUUGAUAGUUGGAGGUACAGGCUACUUGGGGCAGCAUCUUCUGCAAGCAAUUCAAGAUAGUCUUCCGUAUACAGCUCUCUCAUUAGCCUUCACCUACCAUACUAAUCCCCCUCCUCAGAAGCUUCUACAAGCCUUUCCUCAUGUCCUACCCUUCCAUCUAGAUUUACCAACUGCCAAUGCCUUUGAUCACAUCUCACAAGAUUUCGGUCAGCCUGAUGUUGUGGUUAAUUGUGCUGCACUUUCUGUUCCACGUGCCUGUGAAGUGGAUCCUACUGCUGCCAUGUCUAUUAAUGUGCCUUCUGUUCUGGUCAAAUGGUUAUCAAGCUUUAGCAAUGGAAAUACUCUUCUGAUCCACUUGUCUACUGAUCAAGUUUAUGAAGGGACCAAAUCCUUCUACAAGGAAGAUGAUGAGACCCUUCCUGUAAAUGUUUAUGGAAGAUCAAAGGUAGCAGCAGAGCAAUUUAUAUCUGAAAAUUGCUCAAAUUUUGCAAUUUUGAGGAGCAGUGUUAUUUAUGGACCUCAGACGGUCUCCCCCGUCCCAAAAUCACUUCCAGUUCAGUGGAUGGAUAGCGUUCUUGCAAAGGGAGAUGCUAUGGAUUUUUUCCACGAUGAAUUCCGUUGUCCUGUCUAUGUCAAGGAUCUUGUGACCACCGUAUGGACACUGACAAAUAGAUGGAUCUCAGACAGAGAGCCCAUGCAGUUACUUUUGAACGUGGGUGGACCAGAUCGGGUCUCCAGGGUUCAGAUGGCUGAAGCUGUUGCACAUGUUAGAGGUUAUAAUUUGUCAUUGAUCAAGUCAGUCUCCUCAUCAACUGUUAACCGCGGCGUUAAAUCUCCGGCAGAUAUAUCCAUGGAUAUCACCAGAUUGAUUCAGACACUCAAUAUGUCACCAACUGCAUUUAGGGAUGGUGUUAAAUUGACGCUUGAAGCUGAAUUUGCUUCUACAUCAUAAGUAGUACUUUGUUUCUUGCAGUUUUCGGAAUGCUCAUCUUUGGUGUGCACUUUAUUUCCAAAUUUAUGUAUUUAAAAAAAUAUAUAAUUCCUUUUAUUGUUAAUAUUAUGUACACAGUUAUGCAGUUAGGUGUGACGGUGGCAAA